AUGCAGUUCUCCACCCUCGCCGCCGCCCUCUUCCUCGGCUCUGCCGCCGCCAUGAGCCCCGAGAUGAUGAACAACAAGAUGGGCGAGGCCAACAUGAAGAUGGACAUGGCCGCCCGCCAGGAGAUGGCCCAGGGUGGUGCCACCCUCGGCUCGCUGCUCGCGGCCCUUGACACCAUCGUCGGCCAGGUGGGCGACAAGGUCAGCGGCCUGCAGAAGCCCGCCAUGGCUCUGCAGGACGCCAUCAAGGACUUUGAGGAUGCCGCCAAGGACGCCAAGGCUCCUGAGGACGACAAGAAGGACAACUAA